CAGGCAGAACCCGAAUCUCCCAAAACAGACUGGAGUCUCUCCUCCGGCCACGGCUACAUCCUCAACCGAACUCGUACUCGUACCCACAUCUCCUCUUGUCGACUAGACCUGCAACACCAUCUCUGGAAAGAAGCACUUGGAUUUAAUAUCCAUCCAUCCAUGCUCCCCCAUUUACCCAAGGAUGCAAUAAUUGCAGAUGUAGUGACGGGCACAGCAGCAUGGCUACUAGACAUAGGAAGGCAGUUUCCAGAUGGAAAACUAGUAGGUUUUGAUAAAGAUAUCAAAAAGGCGCCGAAUGAGAAAUGGCUACCAAGAAACACCGAGGUGAGGAAAUGUGGCAUUUUCGAAGAUGUGCCCGGGGAAUGGGUUGGAGUGUUUGAUUAGGUGCAUGUGAGAUUGCUUGUUUUGGUUUUGGAGGGGGAGAGACAGAUUUUGAAAUUUGUGGGGAAUUUGAUGAGGAUGUUGAAGCCUGGGGGAUAUCUACAACGGGACGAACUCGAUUGCGUAAACAUGCAUGUCAAAACCUCCUCUUCUUCUGCUCUACAAGCCCCUGCUCUUCAACAAAUCCGCACGAUGUCCUGGGCAAAUGAUCGAUAUGAUUGGACGCUUCGAAUCACGUGGUUUCUUAAAGAUGCCGGAUUUGAGGAGAUAGAUUUGCAGAGUUCUGGGGAUGAGGAUAGAUUGGUGAGAGCGUUUAAUGAACAGCAUUUAUUAACGAUGGAGGAAUUUGCGGAUAGUUUGAUGGGGAUGGGGAAGGAGGAGGCGGCGGAGAUGUGGUGGGGAUUGAUUGAGAGGGGGGAGAGAGAGGCGGAGCAGGGGAAUGAGCUGUGUAUUCCUAGGGUUGUUUGUAGGGGGAGGAAACCGGGGAGGGAGGUGUAGGAUGGUGGCUAAAAGUUAAGGGGCUAGAUACUGGGGUGAAU